AUGAACCGGCUCAGCAUCAUUAGGCACGUUUCUCGUGGGCUUGCAUCGGCCGCUCCUCAAACGAGUACUGGAAUAGAGCAUGCAGAUGCAUUUGCGAAAAGGGGUGGACGUAAGCCGGACUGGAAGUUGUAUAAGGUACCUGAGUAUCUGAACAUGAACAAGUACUCUUUUUAUGAAACGGAGGUGACAAUGUCAAAAAACCGUCUCAAGCAGCCGUCGAAUAAAAAACCAGAUGUGAUGCCGCAAGUAAAGAUUCAGCCGCAAGCGAAGACUCAGAAAUAA